AUGGCAAAGCCGACCGUCACUCUUAUCCCAUGGGAUCCAAGCUCCCCCGACCAUGUGAAUCGCAUGGUCGAGCAGCGAAUAAUCUGUGGCUGGCAAGCAUCAAUUGUCCCGACUGUGUGGAAAGAUGGACAUAUCAAUGGGACAAAAUGCGUUUACUGGAUUAUAUUUCAAGAAGACGAACCGCAGCGUGAGAAGUUUCUCAAGUCGCACACUAAGGCUUAUCCCAAGGAGACAGAAGAACUCUUCGACUCAAGCAAGACGUUACUCGGAAAACCGCGAGUUCCCACAGGUGCAAAAUUCCUUCCGGUUGGGCACAUCGCUCUCGACACCCAUAUCGCCGAUUAUGCAGAAAAGCUCGACCUGAGCAUUCCUAAAUCUGGUGCAUACUGGGUCAAGAGUCUCUACGUAUCUUACACACUUCAAGGCCUGGGUAUCGGUGGAGUUGCUAUGAGUAUCGCUGAACGCAUGGCCAUCGAGGAGCCCCUCAAUGCUAGACAUCUCCUACUGGACACGGUGCACCACGAAGAUCAGGCCGAUGAGGAGUUUGCGCUUGCCAACUACGGAGGAGCUUUCAAAAUUCCCACUCAGGCUUGGUAUGAGAGACGGGGUUAUAGAUUGAUUGGUGUAGCCGAGAACGUCUACCAAUACCCAGACGCGAAUGGCAAAAUUUGGCCUUGUAGGACAGUCUUCUUACAGAAGGACAUAGUUUAG